CCAUUCCCGUCGUACCGGUACGGACGUCGGUAGAGCGAUCCUGUAUGGUAAUUGGUAGAUCAACUACUAGUAGGAUUGUACUUGGUGAGAGCGCUAGCGGUGUAAAUAUAAAGUCAGGGCAGAACCUUUUUUUACAGCCGUCUCUGCCAUCGAUCGGAACAGUAGCUGACCGUGAACAUGGCCAAGGAGCUAUUUCUAAAGGCGAACAACGCCAAGGGAGAGUUUGUGCGAGUGGCGGCAUCGUUUCGGAAUUUCAUUCGUGCUGAUCCUCAGGCUAAGUUUCCUGCCGAGGCUGGACGUUAUCACCUGUACCUUUCCUUGGCCUGCCCAUGGGCGUCCAGAACAUACUUUCUUUUGAAAGCCAAAGGCCUGGAGAAGGUGAUCAGCAAGAGUGUGGUCCACUGGAAGAUCUCUGGAGAUCGGAGUUGGGAAUUUAUUCCUGGAAAGUACCGGUGUGAUGCGGAUACUGUAUUGGGUAAAGAGACGAUACGAGAAAUUUAUCAAACGUCUGAUCCUGGGUACUCGGGUCGCGUGACCGUCCCUGUGUUGUUUGAUAAGAAGACGAAGAAGAUCGUCAACAAUGAAUCGUCCGAAAUCAUCCGCAUGCUAAACACGGAGUUCAAUGAGUUUUGUGAGACGAGCGAGCAGAGAAAGCUGGAUCUGUACCCCGAAGAGCUGCGCAGCACCAUUGAGAAAUGGAACGAUUUCUGCUAUCCAAACGUAAACAACGGAGUGUACAGGAGUGGGUUUGCCACUUCUCAAGAAGCAUACGAUACAGCGGUGGCCCAGCUGUUUGAUGCGUUGGAUACGCUGGAGGAGCACUUGAGUCAGAACAGAUACUUGGCUGGCAGUACGUUUACGGAGGCCGACAUUCGUCUGUUUGUCACUCUCGUGCGCUUCGAUAUGGUCUACGUGGGUCACUUCAAAUGCAACAAGCGUCGCAUUGUCGAUUAUCCAAACCUUUGGGCGUAUACACGUGAGCUGUAUCAAAUGCCUGGCGUAGACGAGACGGUGGAUCGGUUUCACAUCGAGCAUCACUAUCAGGAGUCGCAUGGUCAGAUCAACCCGCACGGAAUUGUGGCCAUUGGCCCACAGCUAGACUUCACAAUCCCACAUGGACGCGACGUCCAGUUUGCAUGAUCAGUGUAAUGUCGCUGCAUAUAAUGAAUGGUAAAGGACCCUCCGCGAGUAGGUACGCAAUGUGAGUAGUUAAAUACCAUGCCAAUGGACUCCUGCAGUCAUGGGCCUGCAGAGUGCUAAACUUCUAUUCAGGUAUCAUCCGAUUUUCACUUGUGAAUUUUCCGCUCUUUACAAUUUCACGCCGGUCUUUUACGUUGAUUUUGAUGCUGAUGAUUCUUAGCCCGCUCUACCGAACCAAUUCAUAUUUGGGUUACAAAUGAACUCUAGAUGUAUCUGCUAAUACACAAGUGUUCAGGAUACUCAUCUUGAUACUCUCCACUCCACCAUGUCUCGAGUUUAAAGUCAUCCUUCCAAGUAGGCAUAUUCUUUUCAUUACUAAGAUUAUUAAAACUCGGAUGUGGACAGUUAGUCAUAACUCGUAACAUUUUGUCCUUUCUUUUAUCAAUGAUUACCAGGCUUACCUUUUUGUUGAAGUAGGUAUGUGCAGAACGUUACACAGUGCACAUUGAGUUUCUGGAUUAAAAUCGAACACGCUAAUCUCCUUCUCCCAUUACAUUGUGAUAAGGCCAUGGUGUGAUGUUGCUUCUA